CUUGCCUUAGCCCGAGCCGCCCGCGGCCGCGCGGAACCCAGAGCCGCCCUCCCGCGCCCGGGACGCGGGUCUAUGGGAAGUUCGGGGACUUGACAGCCGCCGCCGCCGCAGGGAUUCCUGGUUGCCAGAGCUGAAGGAAUGAGAAGGCGUCAUGGAGGCCCAGUCCCAGAGCUCGACGACCACUGAGAAAAAGAAAGUGGAGAAUUCCAUAGUGAAAUGCCCCACUCGGCCAGAUGUCAGCGAGAAAGCCGUGGCCUCCAGCACCACUUCCAAUGAGGAUGAAAGUCCUGGACAGACCUAUCACAGAGAGAGAAGAAACGCAGUCACUAUGCAGCCACAGAUUGCCCCGGGGCUCAGCAAGAUCAGCGAGGAGCCUUCAACAUCCAGCGACGAGAGGGCCUCGCUGAUCAAGAAGGAGAUCCAUGGGUCCCUGCCCCACCUGGCCGAGCCCUCUGUCCCGUACCGCGGGGCUGUGUUUGCCAUGGACCCCAGGAAUGGCUACAUGGAGCCUCACUAUCACCCUCCUCAUCUCUUUCCUGCGUUCCAUCCUCCUGUACCAAUUGAUGCCAGACACCACGAGGGCCGUUACCAUUAUGAUCCGUCUCCGAUCCCUCCGUUGCAUGUGCCUUCUGCCUUAUCUAGUAGCCCCACGUAUUCUGACCUGCCCUUCAUCAGGAUCUCCCCACAUCGGAACCCUGCUGCAGCUUCCGAGUCCCCCUUCAGCCCCCCGCAUCCCUACAUCAACCCCUACAUGGACUACAUCCGGUCCCUGCACAGCAGCCCAUCCCUCUCCAUGAUCUCGGCCGCUCGUGGGCUGAGCCCCACAGAUGCCCCCCACGCCGGAGUCAGCCCAGCAGAAUAUUAUCAUCAGAUGGCCCUGUUAGCCGGCCAGCGCAGCCCCUAUGCAGACAUCAUUCCCUCCGCUGCCACCGCCGGUGCAGGGGCCCUCCACAUGGAGUAUCUUCAUGCCAUGGAUAGCACCAGAUUCCCCAGCCCUAGGCUGUCAGCCCGGCCGAGCCGAAAACGUACACUGUCCAUAUCGCCACUGUCCGAUCACAGCUUUGACCUUCAGACCAUGAUAAGGACAUCUCCCAACUCCCUGGUCACAAUUCUCAAUAAUUCCCGCAGCAGCUCUUCAGCAAGUGGCUCCUAUGGCCACUUAUCUGCAAGUGCAAUCAGCCCUGCCCUGAGCUUCACCUACCCUUCGGCGCCCGUGUCCCUCCACAUGCAUCAGCAGAUCCUAAGCCGACAACAGAGCUUAGGCUCAGCCUUUGGACACAGCCCUCCGCUCAUCCACCCCGCCCCAACUUUCCCGACCCAGAGGCCUAUUCCCGGGAUCCCUACAGUUCUGAACCCCGUCCAGGUCAGCUCCGGCCCUUCCGAGUCCUCACAGAACAAGCCCACGAGUGAGUCUGCAGUGAGCAGUACAGGGGACCUGGUGCACAACAAACGCUCCAAGAUCAAACCAGAUGAAGACCUCCCCAGCCCAGGGCCACGAGGCCAGCAGGAACAGCCAGAAGGAACAACCCUGGUGAAGGAGGAAGGGGACAAAGAUGAAAGCAAACAGGAGCCUGAAGUCAUCUACGAGACAAACUGCCACUGGGAAGGCUGUUCUCGAGAGUUCGACACCCAGGAGCAGCUGGUGCAUCAUAUAAAUAAUGACCACAUCCAUGGAGAGAAGAAGGAGUUUGUGUGCCGGUGGCUCGAUUGUUCGAGAGAGCAGAAACCCUUCAAAGCCCAGUACAUGCUGGUGGUCCACAUGCGCAGGCACACGGGGGAGAAGCCUCACAAAUGCACUUUUGAAGGUUGCACAAAGGCCUACUCGAGACUCGAAAACUUGAAAACACACUUGAGAUCUCACACUGGAGAGAAACCAUACGUCUGUGAGCACGAAGGAUGCAACAAGGCUUUCUCUAAUGCCUCCGAUCGCGCCAAGCACCAGAACAGGACACAUUCCAAUGAGAAACCAUAUGUGUGCAAAAUCCCCGGCUGCACCAAGCGCUACACAGACCCCAGCUCCCUCCGGAAACACGUGAAGACUGUGCACGGCCCAGAGGCUCAUGUCACCAAGAAGCAGCGAGGGGACGUGCAUCCCCGGCCCCCGCCCCCGCGAGAUUCCGGCGGCCACUCACAGUCUAGGUCACCUGGCCGGCAGACUCAGGGAGCCCUCGGGGAGCAGAAGGACCUCAGCAACACUACCUCAAAGCGGGAAGAAUGCCUCCAAGUGAAAACGGUCAAGGCGGAGAAGCCCAUGACAUCUCAGCCAAGCCCUGGUGGUCAGUCUUCAUGCAGCAGCCAACAGUCCCCCAUCAGCAACUAUUCCAACAGUGGGCUCGAGCUUCCUCUGACUGAUGGAGGUGGUGUGGGCGACCUCAGUGCCAUCGAUGAAACCCCAGUCAUGGACUCGACCAUUUCCACUGCAACCACAGCCCUUGCUUUGCAAGCCCGGAGGAACCCAGCAGGGACCAAAUGGAUGGAGCAUGUCAAACUAGAAAGGCUCAAACAAGUGAAUGGAAUGCUUCCACGACUGAACCCCAUUCUACCCCCUAAAGCCCCUGCAGUCUCUCCUCUCAUAGGAAACGGCACGCAGCCCGGUACCAGCUGCAGUCUGGGCGGGCCCAUGCCCCUUCUCCCGAACAGAAGCGACCUGUCUGGGGUGGAUAUCACCAUGUUGAACAUGCUCAACCGGAGGGACAGCAGCACCAGCACCGUCAGCUCCGCCUACCUGAGCAGCCGCCGCUCCUCUGGCAUCUCGCCCUGCUUCUCCAGCCGCCGGUCCAGCGAGGCGUCCCAGGCCGAGGGGCGACCCCAGAACGUGAGCGUGGCCGACUCUUACGACCCUAUCUCCACCGACGCCUCUCGCAGGUCCAGCGAGGCCAGCCAGGGCGACGGUCUGCCCAGCCUGCUCAGCCUCACUCCCGCCCAGCAGUACCGCCUGAAAGCCAAGUACGCUGCCGCCACGGGCGGCCCCCCGCCCACGCCGCUGCCCAACAUGGAGAGGAUGAGCCUCAAGACCCGGAUGGCCCUGCUGGGAGACGGCAGGGAGCCGGCGGGGACCCUGCCUCCCGUGCAUCCUCCUCGGAGAUGCAGCGACGGCGGGGCCCACGGUUACGGUCGGCGCCCGCUGCUGCCCCAGGAUGCCCUGGGCAACGGCGUGAGAAGAGCCAGCGACCCGGUGAGGACGGUUUCGGAGAGCCUCUCUCUGCCCCGGGUACAGCGGUUCAACAGCCUUAACAGCUUCAACCCUCCGGUGUUGCCUCCAUCCCUGGAAAAGCGCAACCUCGUGCUUCAGAACUAUACGCGGCCCGAUGGUGGCCAGGCCCGCCACUUCCACUCCUCUCCCUGUCCCCCGAGCAUCACUGAGAAUGUCACCCUGGAGUCCCUGACCAUGGAUGCCGACGUGAGCCUGAACGAUGAGGACCUCCUGCCCGAUGACGUGGUGCAGUAUUUAAAUUCCCAGAACCCAGCCGGGUAUGAGCAGCAUUUCCCAGGCACCUUCUCUGAUGACAGCAAAGUGCCACACGGCUUGGGGAGUGUACCCGGGGACUUUGACCCACUGGGACUGCCCGACAGCCACGCCAGCCACACCGGCAGCCAGCAGUACCGCAGCCUGGAGCAGCCCUGCCCCGAUGCCAGUAAAUCCGACCUGCCCAUUCAGUGGAACGAAGUCAGCUCCGGCAGCGCCGACCUGUCCUCCUCCAAGCUGAAAUGCGGCCAGCGGUCCAUGGGGCAGCAGGCCCGGGCCUUCGGGUCGUACAGCCACAUGGGUGUUCACCCACAGAAUCCCUUGAGGAGUGGGGCUGGCCCAGCUGGGGGGUAUCCGACCCUUGGGGAGCAUGCCAGCUCCUUCGGGGGCCUGGAACACUUAGUGAGCCACGGUGGCGGAGCUGGCACCAACGGGAAUACCUUCCACGAACCACCCUAUAAGGCCCAGCAGUAUGGGAACUGCCUCAACAGGCAGCCUGGUGCCCCCAGCUUACUCGAUGGGGCCUGUGGCCCUGGGAUCCAGGCAGUAAAGCUGAAAAACAUCACCAUGCAAGGGAGCGGGAGCCAUCUGGAUUUCGGCCUGUCGGUGGCGCCGAAUGAGUCAACCCGCAGCACGGUGAAUGGCAUGCCCACCCCAGACCCCACGGGGCAGGGGUACCUGGCUCAGCAGCUGCUCGGUGACAGCACACACCCACAGGGGGCAGGCCGCUCUGGGCAGAACCUGCUGGGGCAGGCUAGUGCUACCUCACACAUCUAUCAAGGGUCGGAGAGCAGCCUGCCCGGGCCUCCCAGCAUCAGCGUGCAGCCGCCAAGUGUGGCAGCUGUCAGGGGCUACCAGCCAUGUGCUGGCUACGGGGGUGGCCGGCGCCAGGCUGGGCCGAGGGGUGGUCUCGCUCUGCAGCCAGGACAGUUCAGUGACCCGAGUCAGACCUGCAGGGUGAAUGGCAUCAAGAUGGAGAUGCCAGGACAGCCCCAUCAGCUCUGUUCGAAUGUGCAGAGUUACUCUGGUCAGUUCUAUGACCACACCGUUGGCUUCGGUCAGCAAGACGUGAAAACUGGUUCCUUCUCCAUGUCAGAAGCCAACUGCCUGCUCCAGGGGGCCGGCGCCGAAAACUCUGAAUUACUCUCCCCAGGUGCUAACCAGGUGACAAGCACAGUUGACAGCCUCGACAGCCAUGACCUGGAAGGGGUGCAGAUUGAUUUCGACGCUAUCAUAGACGACGGGGACCACGCCAGCCUGAUGUCGGGAGCCCUGAGCCCCAGCAUCGUUCAGAACCUUUCUCAUAGCUCCUCGCGACUCACCACGCCGCGGGCCGCCCUCCCGUUCCCGCCUCUGUCUUUGAGCACCACCAACAUGGCAAUCGGGGACAUGAGCUCUCUGCUGACCUCCCUCGCGGAAGAAAGCAAAUUCCUUGCGGUUAUGCAGUAAGCAUUAGGGGAAAAAAACAACUGCCAAGAGACCUGAAACUUGAGGAGUUUAAAAGAUUAAAUUGACCCAUUUUUGUUUGGCUGAGUUUUUUUUAGUUCUGUAUGUAUUUUAGCGAUCUCAUCUCACCUAACUGGGAUGUGUUUCAAGUAUAUUCCUUUUAUGGAAAAGGACUCUGAAAAGCCCUAAAGUAUUCUAGGGAGAAACUGUCUUCCAUUUCAGUUUUGAAUCAGUAUUGUUACACUCAAAACAUCCUCUUUAAAAAAAGAAAAGAAAACUAUCAGCCUGUUCCUCCCUCCCCCGUCUUUUUUUAGUGACCCGGUGUAAAUGGUGAUGCGCGCAGUCUUUUCUUUUCAGAGGGUAAGUGGAAGGGUUUGGCGUGUCUCUCCGUUAUUCCAAGCAACGAGGAAGCUGGUGUGCUUGUGACUAAGGGGUUACACGUCCAGCGUUUUUCCAUUUUCCUUUUCGUAUGCUCAGUGUUCGUUUCUGUGUUUUCUUUUGUUUUUGAAUUCCCACGCUGGGCUCAGGAGUCGGAAGUUGGAGAGUGAAUUUGGGAAUCUCUUGUGGGUGUACUGUAGCAGAGGUGACAGGCUUUUGAGAAGCUCCCAACCCCCGUUCAGUUUGGGGCAUGCUUCAGACAGAUACACACAAGUGGAAAUUCAGGGCUCCUGUGCAGGAAAUUGUUUGCCCACAGUUGGGGUUUAAACUUCUUCCUGUCCAUACAUGUGCUGGACAGGAAGGUGGGCACGUCUGUAGGUCAGUUCUCAGUUAUGGACCCUGCCUCCACUCUCUGUCUGUCCACGAGUGUUCAGCGCUAUUCCACGGAGAGACAGGGAGGGGUGUUGGGUGACACCCAGACACACUAUUACUUUCAUCUGUUCUGGUAAGAAGGUAGAUAUGUUAUAGAUUAAAGCUAUUGCAUAGAAUUUGGGAAAUAUUUGUGGGUUGGCAUAUUUGUUGAUUAAUUCCAUCACUCGCCCCAUUUUCAUAGAUAACAGAAUAACUGAGAAUUGAUUAUAUCUAGUUUUGAGUAUAUAGGUACUUAAUCCCACAGCUGGCCAUGUUAUCAACAGUAUAUCAAUUCCACUAUAGCAAAAGAGUAUUUCUAUUCUAAGUGCCCUAUUUUAGGGGACUCAUGAAAUUUGUUUGUAAAAGAAAAGCUCACAGACCAAGAUAUUUGGAAUAAAUUGCUUCAAACAUUUUCAGUAUUUAAAAACACUAAGGGCACAGUUUCAUAGCUGUGUGGAUACAUUCUUAACACUCCAUUACAUUAUGCACCCAUUUAAGAAGUUAAGUCUUCUAUGCAGUUUGUCCUUAAUGUGGACUUAAGCUAGACUUUCAGAUGAAAAGGUUUAAAGACUUAAAAAGUGCAGCUACUCCCCGUUGCUACACAUAAAAGACAUACCAUGUGUGCAUAGGGUAUGUGGACUACCCAGCGUUUUACUUUUAAAAAAUAUGUAAACUAGUAAAAUACAACAUCAGCACCUCAGUCGACAUGCUGUAUUCUGUCCCAUUGAUCUUGGAGUUCAGUUCAGUUCAGUUCAGUCGCUCAGUCGUCAUUUAUCCAAAGUGAUUCAUGAGUCCGUUAUGUGUUUUUUCCCCUUUCUGCCAUUUAAAUUAGUAGUAGACAAAAAUCAAGUAAAAGUGUGAGAUAAUAGGAUAUUAGGACCAGCUCAUUUUUCUCAGGUUUAUGUUCUCUUAUUUGGACCAAGAAUCUCACGUGGGGUAAAAUUCCCCUCUGAAUUUUAGACUUUUGGGACUUCAGCUGAGACAGUUGGGUUUGCUUUCAACUAGAUGAAAGCAGAGGGGUAUUGAGGUCCUCCUGCUGUUCCCCAUGUGCAGCACCUUCUUUUAAAUCAAAGGAAGCAUCCACUUUGGAACAGAGCCCCAAAUCAAAAGACAAGUAGUGAUCUGAGCUAGCAGAGUUGAGUCUCUAUCACUCUUCAGUGGAAAAAUCGAGGCCUUUUCUGUAUUCUUUAAACGGGUCAUGAUCUGGUCACAAAAUUGGCAGUCCAGUUCCCUGAAUCUCGUAUCUAGGUGAACUCAAAGUCCCAAGGUCCUGGUCUGAGCUCGCCUGCUCUUGUGGCUUAACCCCAUUCCUGUCUUCCUCCUCUUGCACUUCCCCACUAGAGUCCUUGGAUGUGCCCUGCAUUUCUCAGUUACCAUAUUUCCCAAAUCACCUUUGCUGUGCGUGGAAGGAUGGAUGGAGACUGAGAUGAGCAUGGUUGUCACCUUGCGCCCUUGUUUUUUCCUUUGCUUUCUGGCAAUUCUCCUGGUUGUCCCCUAUCUUUUUCUUGCCAUACUUUGUUUUCCUUGUUCUGGCCUUCAGAUUUGCAGAAGACUCACUCACCUUUCAGCUCAGUAUUUGGUUUCUCUCAGUAUAAAAAUCUCAGAAGAAUGGAGGAGAGGGGUGGUGGGAGAGGAAAGUGUCCUUCUGAAUGUGAUGGACUGUUGCGAUAGUCAGUGAAGAAGAUCUUUUGGGGCCACUUCCAAGUGUUCUGUCUGGACGUGGAUUUCUGUACACUUAGAAUCUCCUGUGAUGGGACCCAUCCCCAGUCUCCAGUCUUCCCUCCUCUUCUCUUGUCCCUGGCACUUGGGGAGAUAACACCAACUCACUAGGGUCAUAGCCGGCUUUUUAAUGCAGGCUCAUGCAUGGUACUUCUGUUUAGCACCUGUGAUAAACGUGUCUUUCCUUGUCAAUCCAUUUUAUUUUUUUCUCUAAAGAACUGAUCAGACCGCCCCUGCUCUUCACACAUUGGCUCACACUCUUGAGCCACAGAGUUUUGAUUCUUGCGAUGUAUGUGCCUUAUUUUAUGUUAAUGUUGUCAGAGCGAGGGACCAGUUGGUGUUGCCCAAUCAGGGCUUGAGGCUGUGUGCUUGCCACCGGCCAAGAGGACCCAAUUGUAGCAGAGUCUGAGCUGUCUUGUAACCUGACUUCCCAUGUUGUUUUGAAUGCACAGGAGGAUGUUCUCUUCUGACAAGUUACUGUUGUGUAUCCUACAAACGUGUAAGAUAAAAUACAAGUUCAUUGUUUUCACCUUUUUUAGAUUUUUUAAAAAAUAAAAUGUGUAACCCUUUUUUUAAAAGAAACAUGUAAAUACAUUUAAGUAUUGUAGGCAUAGUGUUUGGACGUGGCCGGCCCCGGGCCUUCCUCGGAUCAGCCUGCAGCCUGUGCGAUGCCCCCUACGCCCACCUCAAGCCCGGGGCUGCAGCCCCCCCAACAGAUGGACUCUUCUUCCGCUUUCACAACCACUUAGUCUUUUUAUAACAAAGAAAAGGAACAAUGUUUCUUACAAUGUCAAUAAAAAAAACUCUUUGUACUGAAA